CUUGAUAAGACACAAGUGAGCUUCUUUCUCCUUAUUUUAUCUUGGAAGUUUCACAGUAUCUUAGGUGGAAUCAUCAAAUACCAACGAUGAGGAUCUAUUACCUGCUCCUUUUCAUUUUCUUCUUGUUUCUGCUGCCUAUUCCAGGUGAAAGUGGGUUGCUGUCUCGAAUAAACAAUCUGAUCUGUAGAGUGAGACAGGGCAAAUGCAGAAUGAUUGGAUGUACCAGCAAAGAAGAACAAAUUGGGUCCUGUUCCCUGGGUCGCCGAAAAUGCUGCCGCAAGAAGAAAUGAGGGAUCAGACAGAGCUCAAAGUCCAAAAUCUUAAGCAAAAUAAGUGGUCAAGAGAAAUUUGUGCAAUUUAAAUUCAGUUCCAUCAUUUUGUUUAAGAAGGAUGAAUCUUGAACUUCUAUGACCAAAGGUGAUUUGUCUUUUCCUACAGACACCAUAUCUGAAUUGAAUUGAAGUCUAUUUCUUGAUAACUCAAUCACAUUCUGCGAAUAUUUAUUGGUUGAUAUGCCAUAUUUAGACUAUAAACUCCUUGAAAGCAGGUUUUCUGUGUUUGUGAAGAACAGCAAAUAAUAAAAGUUUAUCUAAUUGUCA